AUCCAUCACCUUCUUCCUCACAAAAUCUUUCUUCUUUUCCCAUCUUCAAUUCUCUCCUCCGUUUAUGUUCUCUGCAAAAACCUGAGAUCGAUCCAACCAACGCCGCAAAAGCCAGUCAAAAAUGAGUUCUUCAGGUGGAAGUUUGAACACUUGUGUGGAUUCCCAUCACCACAACAACUCCUAUUCUUCCUUCUCCUCCUUCUCCUUCACCGAUCUUCUUUCCAACAACGAAGAAUCCAAGAACCCAGAAAAGGGUUCUUCUUCUUCCUCCUUUAGCUGGGGGAUUUCUGACACCCACGAAAUCCCAAAGUUCAAGUCUUUCCCGCCGGCGUCUUUGCCUAUAUCACCUUCUCCGGUGUCUCCUUCGACUUUUCUUAAUAUCCCCCCGGCCUUGAGCCCUUCUGUGCUGUUGGACUCUCCUGUCUUCUUCUCCACCUCAAAUAUUCUUCCGUUAUCUCCGACCACUGGUGCGUUUGCUGGAUUAAAUAACCCUAAGGAAGAUGAAAGGAAGAGCAAUGAUUUCUCCUUCCAAAGUAGGGCUGCAUCCUCUUCAUCCAUGUUCCAGUCUUCUCUGGGAAGAAAUUCAAUGGAAGAACAAAUGUCAAGGCAACAACAACCAAACAUGGGAUCUGCAGACUUCUCCACAAUAAUGAAGACUGAUGUAAAACCAGAAUUAUUGCCUCAAACCCAUAGCUUCUCCCAGGAAAACCCUGCGAUGCAGCAGCCUGCAAUGGUGCAUUACAGCCAGCCAUCUCAGUAUGCAAGAGCCCAGAAGUCAGAGGAUGGGUACAACUGGAGAAAGUAUGGUCAGAAGCAGGUGAAAGGGAGCGAAAACCCGAGGAGUUACUACAAAUGCACAUUCCCAAACUGCCCUACAAAGAAGAAGGUUGAGAGAAACCUGGAUGGACACAUCACUGAGAUUGUCUACAAAGGCAACCACAAUCACCCCAAGCCUCAGUCCACCCGACGAUCAUCAUCGUCUUCCCAGUCAGUUCAGAUCAACCCCGAAAGCUUUAACAUUGACGCCACGAACCAAUCAAACAUGCUGCUUGGAAGCACUCAGCGCGACAGCUUUAUCACCCCUGAGAAUUCCUCGGCUUCCUUUGGCGAUGAGGAUCUCGAGCAGGGCUCUCCAUCCAGAGAUGACGAUGAAAACGAGCCUGAAGCUAAGAGAUGGAAGGGUGACAAUGAAAAUGAAGCUAUAUCAUCUGCAAGCCGAACAGUGAGAGAGCCAAGAAUCGUAGUUCAGACAACAAGUGACAUUGAUAUUCUUGACGAUGGUUAUAGAUGGAGAAAAUAUGGACAGAAAGUUGUCAAAGGAAACCCAAAUCCUAGGAGCUACUACAAAUGCACGUUUCUGGGUUGCCCCGUAAGAAAGCACGUGGAGCGAGCAUCCCAUGAUCUUCGGGCAGUGAUCACAACCUACGAAGGAAAGCACAACCAUGAUGUUCCUGCAGCACGGGGUAGUGGGGGCUACUCCCUCAAUAAACCUCAGCAACCUCAGCCUGCAGGUAACAUGGUCAGCAGUGCAGCACCUGUUGCGUUGAGGCCUUCAACGAUGCCCAACCACUCGUUGAACUACCAGAACGCCAUUUUUAACCCGAGGCCACAAGCCACACAGAGCCAACAGCCGAUAACCUUGCAGAUGUUGCAGAGACCUGCAGGGAAUUUAGGGUACUCGAGCUUCGGGAACAACUACAUGUCCACUGGAAAAGAGGAACCUAAAGAUGAUUUCUUCAGCUCUUUCCUAAACUGAGAUUUCCCAGGAACAAACCCGAAGAAGAUUAUGAGAGCAAUACUGGUAUAUAUAGCCAUAUAGAUUCGUCUCUUUCCAAUAGAAAGUUUUUGCUGAUUUAUAAUGUCAGACAGUAGUUUAAGAAUUCAUAGGUUUAUGGUUGUCAGAUCUUAGGAAUCAAAAUAAAAGGUAGUGUAUUUUUUUCAUUUGUUCAAUGUAUCGCUAAGAUGCAUACAUGUAAACACAGUUGUUCAAUUCAUUUACUAAUUAAUUAAAAGUAUUAAACUGCAA